AUGCACAAACACUGCUUUGAAGCAUUGGACAAGACAAUGAGAGAUUUGUUGAGAUUUCAAAAACCAUUCAGCUCAUAUAUGACCUUUGGAGGUAAAACUAUUGCGUUUGGUGGAGAUUUUAGAUACUUUCGAUUGCAAGAUAUUCAAAAUGGGGAUGACUAUCACGAAGUUGAAGAUUUUGCCAAGUGGAUAGCUGAUAUUGGUGACGGUGUGCUGGGGGUACAAAAUGAUGUUGAUUCUGAAAUCACUAUUAUAAGGGAAAAUUUGUUAAAUUUUGAAGAAGAUCCUAUUGCUACAAUUGUAAAAAGUGCAUUCCCAAUGUUUCAGAAUGCAGGUUGUGAUCAAAGUUAUCUAGAGAAUCGUGUAAUAUUGGCUUCAACUUUGGAUGUGGUGGAUAGCAUAAAUGAGUAUAUGAAUGCUAUGAAUGAAGCUGAAGGUGUUCCAAAUCAUUCAUUGACACUUAAAGUAGGUUCACCAGUGAUGCUAUUAAGAAACAUUGAUUAUUCUUUAGGCUUGUGUAAUGGUACACGUUUAAUAGUGACAAUAUUGGUUGAUCGUGUGCUUGAAGCUAAAAUUAUUAGCGGAGCUCAUGCAAGGACAAAGGUUUUAGUAUCGCGGAUGUCUCUAAUACCUUCUGAUUCAAAUUACCAUUCAAGUUUCAAUGGAAACAAUUCUCUUUGA